UCAGACAGUCACUUCUAUUCCUUCGACGUUCCUCCAUUUCUCCCCUUUCUUCCGCGCUCUCCUCAAUUUCUCUGCUGCAUUUCAAUGUCUUCCUCCAUUACUCUUCCUCUCCUCAAUCCUUCUCUUCACCUCACACCUCACCGCUUCUUCCCCGUUUCUCUCUCAAUCUUCUCAUCUCCCAAGCUCUCAUCUCGUUCUUUUGCCAAUUCCUUCAUCUGUCGCUCUCUGAAUCCCGCUAGCAACGAACGUGAGGAGAUUCGAUGGAUUCGUGAGGAGCAGCGAUGGCUUCGCGAAGAGGAACGGUGGAUUCGCGAAGAGCAGCGUUGGGACAGAGAACGCAAGUCGCUUUUGCAGGAAAUUGCCGAGCUUAAGCUUCAAAUUCAGGCGUUAGAACGCCAACAUUCUAUGCAAGGAGGGACGGUUUCGGCCUCAGAGACUAUUGCGAAUAUCGCCGGCCUGUUACAGGUGUUGAAGGAGAAGAAUCUGAUUGCCGAGAGCGGAGCGUCGGUGAGUCGCAUAUUGUUGGAUGAGAGCACUCGUGAAGAGGACGUGGAGAUAGAGAAGAAAACAAUUGUUGAAGAAGUGAUAGAGAAUAAGGCAAUUGUUGAAAAAGUUGUUAGGUAUUCCGACGAGAUUAAAGCAGAGAAAGAGGUGAAGAAUGAGAGAAAGUCCUUAAGAAUUGGUUCGGAAGGAGCGGAAGUUCUUGCGAUGCAGGAAGCAUUGCUGAGGCUAGGAUUUUACUCUGGCGAAGAAGACAUGGAGUUUUCAAGUUUCUCCAGUGGAACUGAGCGUGCCGUCAAGACUUGGCAAGCCACCUCAGGUUUCCGUGAAGAUGGUAUAAUGACUGCAGAACUCCUUGAGAUUUUAUACGGGGAGAAAGUAACUGAGAGUGUUGGAUCAGAUGCCAAAACAGAUGAAAAAGGGAAUAUUCCUACAGAUCAGAAAGAAGGUGAUAAUGUAGCUGCUGUUGUUAACUCAAUAACUGAAAUAUCAGAGAUUCAGAAGACGGUAGUAAAAGAAGGCAGUGCGAGUUUUGAUGUGUCCCAACAGCGAGUUUUUCUCUUAGGAGAGAACCGAUGGGAAGACCCCGCACGACUUCUUAGUUCAAAUGGAAAAGCUUCUGAUGGCAAAACCAAGUACACAUCUACCAAGUGUCUGACUUGUCGUGGGGAGGGUCGUCUGUUAUGCUCAGAAUGCGAUGGAUCUGGUGAGCCAAAUGUUGAACCACAGUUUCUGGAAUGGGUGGAUGAAGGAGCAAAAUGUCCAUACUGCGAAGGCCUUGGUUAUACAAUAUGCGACGCAUGCGAAGGGAAGACUGCAAUAGGUAUGACUUUUCACUCGUCCAUUUAAUUGUUCUCUUAUUAAGAUCCCUAUUCAAUUUUGUUAUAUAUAUAUAUAUAUAUUACUAAUUCAUAGCCACUAAAAAUAAGAUGAUGAUUCUGUUGGGGCAGA